UAUUUCUAGUCUCCAUUUUCCUAAGUGUUCAUACUGCAUCGUGAGUGCUUGGGGAGCAGCAGAUGAGAACUCUGUGUUCCAGGGAUACCAGUUUGUACUUUGUUAGGAAUCUGGCAAAGGACCAGUUUGUAGGCGGGUCCCUGGCAGGUCUUCGGCCCCUGCACUUCAGCACUUCCUCCUUGAUAGGCUGGUCACCCUGGCUUGUAUUUUUUUUUCUAUCCAAUCCUCCUCUUUUUCUUGCCUUAAUAGUCUAACAUGCCCAAUUAAGGAGGUGGAUUGUACCACGAGAACCUUCUUGGAAGGGGUUUUGUUUUUUUCAAUCUACGCAAUCCAGCAACUUUCUAUUGCCCAGGGAAUGAUUUCUUCCCUUCCUGCCUUUUCAAAGUUUUGUUUUUUGCUUUUAGGUGCUGGCCAGUGAUUUUCCUUAGCUGCAUUUUUUCCCCUUUCCUUUACAAUUUUUUCCCCCUGUUUGAUAUUAAAUGCUUUAAAUUCCGUAGGUUAAACACGAACUCCCUGUGCCUAGGAAAGUGGGGCGAACUUGCUGAAACUCAGAAUGCCCGGAUGUCUAUCUGAAUUCAUGUAAUCCCAAACUGAACUAGAGGCUUAGUUUAGGAAACUGGAGUCUCUGGGAACAGGUAGAAAAGUGACUUUUUUUUUUUUUUUAAAGAGAGUGCCGCGCGUAAGGGAGAUAGGAAGCAGACACCCACUGACUCACCCCCUACAAAUGCUGAAGGAGAUUUUGACUGGAGGGUCAGCCAGAUGAGAGGGCUGAUGGACUGCAGACUUUUUGCUUUAUGAACUUAAUUAUGGCCUCCCCGUCAAGCUUGUAUAAUGAAGAUAGAAACUUACUUCGAAUUAGAGAGAAGGAGAGACGCAACCAGGAAGUUCACCAAGAGAAAAAGGCCUUCCCUGUGAAUGCACCCCUCUUUGGAGAGCCCUACAAGACUAGCAAAGGAGAUGAGUUGUCCAGUAGGAUUCAGAAUACAUUGGGUAAUUAUGAAGAAGUCAAGGAGCUGAUCAGUACCAAAAACCAGAAUCUUUUUGGUGUCCCUGAAGAAAGUAGCAUCCCUUUAAUCCCACAAGGAAAAUCUAGGUGUUUAUUCUAUCCUGAGAAGACUAGUAGUGUCACACAGUUAUCAUUCUUCAAUAGUGCCCAUCACCAAGUUAUCAAUACUCCUGCCUCUGGGUCUUCUUUUUAUAUUCCUUCUCAUUGUCCAAAAACAACUCAGUCAAGAAUGGAACCAGCUUUUAGCUUACAUGUCAAAAGUGAUGGUAUGUCCAACAUUCAGCACCAAGGAAAAUACUACAGUAUUCAGGAACGCCAUCAUAGGAGUCAGAACAAGAAAGAUGAGUACCGGCCUGAAGGAAUCCCUUGUCUUGACACUUCAGACGCAGCCCUAAAAGUGGAAGGUUCUCUCUUGUCAUCCGCAUUGUCUUCCUCAGUUCCAACAUUGGUAUCUCGUCAUUCCAACCAAUCAGCUGGGUCCAGAAUUCUGGCAAGCAGCAAGAGUACUAGUAAGGGCUAUGCCCAAGCUAAAUCUCCCAUGCACCUAGGACUUGAGUCUAAAGAGGAAAAGACUCUGCCAUACAGUUUGGCUCUAGGUACAAGCUUAGGGAUAACAACUGCCCAACCUCCUCAAACAUUUCCCCCUCCCUCUCUCCCCUCAAAAACCACAGCCAUGCAGCAAAAACCUACAGCAUAUGUCCGGCCCAUGGAUGGUCAGGAUCAGGCACCAAGUGAGUCACCUGAACUGAAACCACUGCCUGAGGAUUAUGAUGGACAUUCCUAUGAGAAAAUGCCCGAUUUUAAAGGGACUGCCAAACCCAAACUCUCUAAGUUGAAAAUGCCUCCAGAGUCCAUGGAGCAGGCCUUCCCAAAUGAAGUGCACUGUGUUGAAGAAAUAUUAAAGGAAAUGACCCAUUCAUGGCCUCCACCCUUAACAGCAAUCCAUACACCUAAUACAGCUGAAUCUUCAAAAUUUCCUUUCCCAACAAAGGAAUUUCAGCAUAUUGAAACUGUAUUACAGAACCACAAACAGCAUGGUACAUCUUCAAAAACUUGCUCAAAUUCUCAGCAGGCAACAUCAAUGUUAGAAGAUGACCUUCAGAUCAGUGACAGCGAAGAUAGUGGUGAUGAACAAGCCUCUGAGAAGCCCCCUACUUCAUCUGCUCCUGCAAGUGUUCCACAGUCCCUUGCAGACAGUGUGGUUUCAGCACAUUCCAGCAAUACAGAAUCAGAAAGCACUAGUGAUUCUGACAGCUCUUCAGACUCUGAGAGUGAGAGCAGUUCAAGUGACAGUGAAGAGAAUGAACCUCCAGAACCUCUGGCAGUUGAGCCUGACCCACCCACAGCAAAUAAAUGGCAACUGGACAACUGGCUCACCAAAGUCACUCAACCACCUGUAUCAACAGAGAACCUCAAUGAAACAGGGCCCCAGCACCAACAUCAGGAAGUGCAUGGACAAGGCAACAGUAGCACUAGUGGUCAUGAGCAUACUGUCUCCAAUGAGCCCCACUCUGCUAAUUCCAGUAAAGUCCCCAGGUCUACUCCUGAAGUUUCCCAUCCUGGCAAGAGAAACUACUCAAAGUCUGUUAUACAACAAGGCACUGGAAGACCCCCACAUUGGCAGACAGUUGGUUCAAAGCAACCGAAAAGAGCUGUAAAAGCUUCCACCCAGGAAGAUUUUCAGGAUAACUUGAAGGUAGAAAGUGAACCAGUCUCUACACAUGGGUCAAAAGACCAGUCUUCCAAAGAUAAGCCCAAAGUCAAAACGAAAGGGAGACCUAGAUCUUGUGGAGAUAGGCAAGAGAAAUCCAAGACUUUGUCAGUUCCCUGUGAAAAGAAGAAGCACAAAAAUUCUCACCCAGUGCCUGUGAAAACACCCUUGGACCCUGAACCCACAAAAAACAAUAUGGAUGAUCAGAGACUGGAACAUUUCCCUAUCAGUCCCCAGAUUCAGAACCAGGGUGCCACUCAUGGCAGUAGCAACAGGAAUAGUGGUUGUAAAGCAUCUUUGAUUGUUCAAGAGGAACUUGUUGGGAGUAAGGUCCUAUUGCCUUUCAGAGACACAAAGUCACUCAGGGAUACCCCUCUCCUACAAAGCCUAGUGGUGAAGAUAGACUUAUCCCUCCUUUCUCAAGUCCCCAAGAUGCCUGGAAAGGGGUGCCAGCCAAAGAAAAUGGAAUACAAACAACUCCCAACUGGAAAUAAGCAGGAGUCAGAGAAUAGAAACAUAGAGAAAUCAAACAAAUUGAUCACAAAGAGAAAGAAUGAAGCAGAAAGAGACUUUGAUAGCAAGAAAAUCAAACUGGAGAAAGAAACCAAAUUCUCGUCAUCAUAUGCUCACAAAGACUCUAGUAAACAAAGAUUGAAGCCCUCCUCAGACUUCGUGAAGAAAGAGCUACCACCAAUACCACCUGAGUCUCCUUCCCACAAACCAGCCAAGAAUGUACAGAAAAGACCAAGGAAUGAAACCUCCCCCUGUGCUCAGGGGCACUCCAAAAGUACUAGCACCACUAAAGAUAGCCAUAAAGAUUCUUCUUCUAAACAUAAGAGAGAGGAAGGAAAGCCUUCUGGAAAUUCUACAAGUAAUAAAGCAUCUCCAGGUGAUCUUUUUCCUGUGCCUUCUUUGCCAAAUGGUAACUCCAAGCCCCCAAAGCAUCAAGUCAAGCUUGAAAAACAAGUUGCUGCUUUUCACCUGAAGGAAGCCAAAAAGUUAAAGCACAAGGCAGAGUCAAUGUCAGACAAGGUUGGAAAAGCAUUUAAGUACUUGGAUGCUGUCCUGUCCUUUAUUGAAUGUGGAAUUGCUUUAGAGUCUGAAAAUCCAACAUCCAAGUCAGUUUACUCCAUGUUUUCAGACACUGUAGAUUUCAUUAAAUUCAUACUGUCAUUAAAAUCCUUUCCAGAUUCCCCACCAUCUACACAGGAAAAAAUUUUCAUUGUUUUAUGCAUGCGUUGUCAGUCCAUUCUUUACAUGGCAAUGUUUCGUUGUAAGAAAGACACUGCAAUAAAGUAUUCUCGGACCCUUAAUGAACAUUUUAAGAGUUCAUUCAGAGCGGCACAGGCAGCUUCUUCAGGUGUCUCAAGAAAUAUAAGCACACCGUCACCUCUGUCUCCUAUGCCUUCUCCUGCAAGCUCUGGAGUUUCCCAGCCAGGAUCAGGUGCUGGAAGUGCAGGGAAUGGUGGCGUCAGCUCAACUGUCAGCACCCCCGUUGUAAUUCAAAAUAUGACCUCUUCCUAUGUCACCAUCACUUCCCAUAUCCUUAAUGCGUAUGAUCUUUGGGAACAAGCAGAUAUCUUAGCAAGGAAGAAUACAGAAUUUUUUACAGAGCUUAGUGCGAGUGUCUGUGCCCUGGUUUUGAAUAGCAGUCUGAUGGAGCUGGUCCUCUACAUCAGACAGGCCUUAAAGCAGCUACGGCAGAUGGCAAAACCGCUCUAGCCAGUGGUUAGAGUGGCUCAAUGCCUUGUUGCACUUUGGAAACCUCAGAAAGAGUGGCCCUCGGCUUUAUUGGGACCCCAGCUCAAGAGUGGAAUGAACUCCAGUGGGAAUGUGACCUUGCUUCCAAAUCCUGAAACUGUGCCUACAUCUUUGGGCAAGGACUGUGUGAGUCUACACUAGAGAAGAGAGAGAUGAAGAAGCUGCAGAGUUGGUGAUUUUCUUUCCCAAAGGACAGAAGUGCAAUGUAUAGCCUGAAAAGUUGGUUGUGUGUCAGUGGUCUGUAAACAUUUCUCUGGCUUUAUAACAAGCAAGAUAAAAAUUAUAAUUUGAUAAUAAGAAAAGGUAAUUCCAACUUUGAAACUAGAUACAUCUCAUCUCAAAAUCUUCCACAGUCCAUUCUUACUAGUAACACAAAGAAUUCUUCCCUUGAUUUUUUUUUUAAGAAUGAAUUUUGGUAUAAUGUUUGAAAUGUUUUAUGUCCCUUUCUUUAUUUUUCAAUUUUAUUUAUUUUUUUAAUUGUGAAGAGGAAAGGGGAGUAUUUGUUUCAGCCGCCAUACAUUGAAACAGAAGUUGUGAAGGAUUCUAAGGUAUCAUUCUGUCUACCCUGUGAAGUAAGACUUUGAUGAAAUCUAGUAUUUAAUUCAUACAAUUUGAGAUAUGAUCUUCUAUACUGUAAGUUAAUUUCUUAAACAAUACUACUUUGGUUUUCUUUUACUUAGGGACAGACAUAGAGAGAAUUAUUCUGAGUCCAGAGCUGUGGAGAAGAAAAGAGACAGAAUUUAUGGAGGCAUUCUAAUAAGAGUAACUAUAUUCUGCAUUUCCUGCCUUAAUGAAAAGGGAACCAGCCUUUAUUUCUAUUAAGCUUAGUAUAAGGCUCAUGGGUUUUUGUUAUUUUUUUUCAACUAAAGGUAAAAUAUGAGGGAUUAAACUAUAAGACACCCAGAAACUCAAAACUCAAAGAAAACUGAAAUCUGUUUUUUUUUUUUUUUUUAAAUUAUAGUGGCAUUGUUUUAUUUUGGUCACAGGUUAUUUUAUUUGCAAGAUUCUAUCACAAUGAACUGUUCUUUCUGGAGGAAAUUAAUUUCAAAUCUCUUGGGGGCAAAUUCUGUUUCUUGUCAUUCCAAGAGAUAUGAAAGCAUUGCAGUGAUGAUUUUUACUUGUUAAUAAAUUUUCCAGCACAUCUUGGUUCCAAAGCUCUUGAGUAAACCAGACUUGAUUAUAUUAAUAUAAAAUUAUACUUUUCCUCCUAAAUUCAUUGCCCUAAUGAUGCACAGUUUUUCAUUUUUAAAACCUUCAAAUGGGAGAACUUGGGCAAAGACCUUGUAUUGCUGAACAAACAUAUCUGUUGUACCAAAACAGAUUUUUCUAUGAACUAGAGAAUUUAAACACUAUUUUGACUAUAAUGUAUUUAAAAGCCAAUUAUCCUUUUUUGUUGACUUUCUAAUACAAACAUUUUCCUACCCAUACUUGCCCUGGAAUCAUUCCAUUCAUUCCAUAUGAAUUUUUGCAAUUUCUUACUUAUUUGAAGUUAAAUUAAUGAGACCCAAAAAUGUCAACUGAUAGUAAAAAUCUUCCUGGAUAAUUGAUUGUAUAGGCUGCAAAUGUUACAAAUGAGAAAGGACAAAUUUCUAUAUGUGAACAUAAUCCUUUAAACUGCCUUUAUUCCGUUCUUCCUCAUAUUUUCUUGGGUAAAAGUUUGUGGAAUUUAAAAAGUCCAGAGCAAAGACUAGAAAAGCAUGUCAGGCUAUCCCAGCACUAGGAAUAUGAGUUCUUAGUCCUGAGGCAAAGCUUAGUUUUGAUCCUUCUAAAAAUACAUCAUCAAAACUAGUUCUAAAUAAGCAAUAAUUGUCAGGUUGCAGUUUUAUGGCAUUAUGUGUAUUCACCAUUUUGGAGGUAGAGUAAAGAGUAGCAGCACAUCUUGGGAUCAUUUAGCCACAUAUACCCUCUAUUCAGGUAGCAGAGGAGAAAAAGACAACUUUAGGAUGUUGAGUUUUGUUCUUCAUUGUUAUGUUCUGAUCUAUGCACGUCAAGUUGGUGUAUGAGCUCUUUAUGAGGUCAAGUCCAUAUAGACUACUUCACAGGCGAUGAAAGAGCUUUUAUUUUAUUUUUUCUUUUUCAGUGGCCUUGCACUUUCUGGGGAUGGGGGGGGUGGGGUGUUUUAUGUUGAAAAUUCAUUUAUUCUUUAUAAGGUUGAUCGAUUUACAUAGUUUUAUGUGCACAGUUUGUGAGCAAUGUAUGAUUCAGGUUCUUACUGCAAUACAUACUGCACCUAUGAGAGAAUUACUCGUGGAUCCCUUUUUAUAUAUUAUAUAAAAUGUGCUGAGUCUUGUUAAUUAAUAUUCACAAAGUCUUUUGCUGUUACAAUUGUAUAUAGGAAUUUAAAGGAUGUUUUAAAAAUCAGAUGCACUUUUUUCAUUGCAUGCUUCAAAUCCCGAAGGCAAAAUUUAUACUUAAGCAGACAAUUAAAAGACUAGUUUAUAAAAGUAAACCUUUCAAUUAUGUGAUAUUCUGAUACACAGUAAGAAGCAAGCAGUACACGCUUGACAGUGAGAUAAAUUGCAUUUUCCAAGAGAAAAAGAAAAAGCAACAUAAAAUCUUCUUUUGGUACUAUAGUUUUUGCUGGAUGUCUCUUUAUUUUUGUUUUUCUUUUUGUAGGAAGAGGAGGAAUAUUUUACUUAGAAAAGGAGCCUUCAGUUUUUCUGCCCUUCUGGAGACAAUUUAAAAUGUGAAUGAAUUUGAUAUUUUAACGUAAGAACUCUGUUUAAUAAAACCCACUUUAUAAAGUAUAUACUCAGUUCUAUUGAAAAGAUGAUAGCCAGAGAGAGUGAAAGAGAGAAGAGAGAGAGAGAGAGAGAGAGAGAGAGAGAGUGUGUGUGUGUGUGUGUACAAACUAGAAAUAGACAAGAGAGGGCACACAGAGGUAACUGAGAUAUUGAGAUAUGUUUUGGCAAUCAUUAGGUUGGGGGUUUGGUUUUUUCCCAUACCAUUCAACCUGGAAAAUAUUUGAUUUUAGGAAUAGAAGGACUUUAAUUUUAACACUACUCAUCUAGAUCCUCUAGGGCAAAAAUGUCAAACUCACAUCUUGAACCUGAUUAAGAUAUAAUUAAGAAGUUUAUCAAAAAUAAAUUUAAAAUAUAGUUCAACAUAGAAAAUAUUAAUUUGUGAUUUUUUGGUUCAGUUAGUGAUUGGGAGAGAUGUUUCUCUUUGAGUUUGACAUCAUUGCUCUAAGGUAUUUAGUAAUUGUAUAUAGAUUUCCUAUUCACCAAUACGGGUUUAGUAUUAUGAUUAAAUGUAAACUUUUAAAAGAAUGAAUUAAUUCAUUUCUUUCCCCUUAUAGUCCCCAAAAAAGAGUGAAGAAAGGUUAUAUUUUUGACAGCUAAGGCUAUGUGUCAGGGGAAAAGUGGGUCCAAUGAAAUUGGCCUGAGUUUUAAAAUGAAGGGUUUUCUUCAUAAAGGUUUUGUUUUGUUUUUGUAUUUGUCUUUUUCUUUCUGAGAAUUUUCCCCACUCAGUGGAUAUAUUUAUUGAGCCUUUAUUGACCAAACUUAAUUUUAAAAUACUAUAUUAUUUAUUUAGAGUUUGUUUGCUUUGAAUCUUUCCUUUUUGUAGCUCUAGAUGAUAAUAAAUAUGAUGAUUGAAAUAUUAGGUUAAGGAGAAUAAAUAUAAAGCUUAAUGUGUGUUUUCACUUUCCCCCUCCUUGUCUUCCAACGUACACUUUCUCCUCUUCACCGUUCUUUGUUCCAGACACUACAUGACCCCAUUGGUCAUUGAAGUUUGUCUUAAUAAUCUAAUACUUCCAAUAGCCACUUCCACUUCAGAUUAGCAAAAUCUAGAGUCUUGUAAGAGUUGGUGUUGCUUUUUUUAAUCAUUAAUUUUCUCAUUGGGAAAUAAAAUCAUCUGAAAAAGAAUUGUGUUAUAAUUAUAUAAUUAAUUGUGUUAUGAUUUGGAUGGUGGUAGAAGGCUCAAUUUCAGUGGAAGUACUUCCUCCUCCAAGUAAUUUUUUCCCCUUUCUCUUUAACAUGCUACCUCCUUUUACUCUUCCCAUUAUUGUCAUUAAGUGGAAAUAGGGCUAUUCCCCUUGCCCCCAAAUGUGUUUUUUUUAUUUGUUUUGGAGGUGUGAGGUGGGUGGAAUGGGAUUGGGAGAUUUAGGGUUCAUCUCCAAAAACUUCGUGUGGUAUUUUUGGUCACCAUGCCAUAAAUACAUAGACCAGUAUGGAAGUACUUUCUCUUUGAGCAGUUUUGUACACUGGCUGGCAAUAUCUUUAAUUCCUCUUUAUAUCCUCGCUUUUCAAAAAAAUGUAUUCUUACAAUAUUGGUGGUUUCCUAUAUUCUUCUUGGUCUCCAUAGGGAAUUCUGCCCCAUCAUGAGUUGUCAGCUGAUAAAUUAGUUAUAUUGAGAAAUGUCUAUACAAGGGGACUUGGAGAAUGAAAAGUAUGGUUUGGUUCCCUUCUUGGUGAGUAUGGGAAAUAAGACUGAAAACAACUAAUAAUUUAGCCACAUUUGUUAGUUUUAGGCCCUUUAUUAUGAGGCCAGAUGGUGGCUUUUCUAAAGAAAUGAAAUUUAUUUUGCUUAAAAGUUAACUUUUAAGUGAUUUACACAGGCAGUAUUAACUUUGCCAAUUGUCCAAGACAUCAAAAUGUAUUGAUUAAAAAAAAAAAAAUUACUGCACAUCCUCUUCAAAUUAAGUACCCUAUUAUCCAUUUUUAUCUUUAUUUUUUUAGAAUUUUUGAAUGUGAUCAUGUUUUGGGUAUUUGAAGCAAGUUUUGCCUUUUUAUUUAUUAUCAUUAUGUCAUAUUUUUUGGCGCCUUUAUUUGUAAUCUUUGUGAUAAAUCAAAUCUUGGUAUUAUUCAUCUGAAGAGGUUUAUUUUUAAAUGUAUAAAUUUCCAUUUGAUGAAUGGGGAAUCACUGGUCUCGAAAUAAUCUACAUUUUCAUUUAAUCUUUAUUGUCAAAUAAAGUGUCAGCAAUAUUAUUCAGCAGUAGUGAUUUUUGUAUGUAGACUUUGUAUUUAUAUAGUGAUUUCAAGGGGAAGAUGUGCAAAAAAAAAUUAACAUAAAUAAAUGUACUUUAUUUUCUUUAGUGAUGA